GCGGAGUGAUCCGCGCUCGGUGACUGGAGACAGACAGCGGGGGGAUCGAUAAUAAACCAGACUCGGCGAAGAUAUUAUGACUGCAAUCAUAGACAGCUAGCUGGCUUCUUAUCUUUCUUUUUUUUAUUGUUUUUUUUUUCACAAGCCAGAUUCACGGCAGAGCUGAUCACAAGCAACCGACACCAUGGAGAGAAAGAGUGUACCUGUUAAGCGCAUCCUCAGCAAGCCCCAGAUAGUCCGAAGUCUGGGCAGCAACCUUCACACAAAUGUGAAUCCCAGCCACACCAUGGCUGGACGGUCGCUCCUGACCAAAGUGCCGCGCAGCAGGCACAAGCAUUACUAUGACAUCAGCCAUCAAAUCAAGGCCAAGCCUGAUUUAAACACAACACUACCAGUUCGACAGACAGCGUCCAUCUUCAAACAGCCAGUGACCAAGGUAACAAAUCAUCCCAACAACAAGGUGAAAACAGACCCACAGAAGGCCGUGGACCAACCGAAACAACUGUUCUGGGAGAGGAAGUUGAGCGGGUUAAAUGCAUUUGAUAUCGCAGAGGAGCUGGUGAAAACUAUGGAUCUACCCAAAGGCUUACAGGGUGUUGGGCCUGCAUGUUCAGACAAAACGCUGCUUUCAGCCAUCGCCAGUGCCCUGCACACCAGCCCCGCUCCGGUCACCGGACAGCUCACCGCCGCGGUGGAGAAAAAUCCUGGAGUCUGGCUCAACACAGCGCAGCCUCUGUGCAAAGCCUUUGUAGUGACUGAUGAUGACAUUAGGAAGCAGGAGGACCUGGUGCAGAAUGUGAGGAGGCGUCUUGAGGAAGCCCUUACAGCCGACAUGUUGGCUCAUAUAGAGGACACCACUGCAGACGCAGCAGCCAACAGUGUAGAGGAAAAAGCUGAGCAGGUGGACAAGGACGAAUUAUAGCCAAGGUACAGAAGACCACAGGACUGGCUCCAGCGUCGCCUCUCUGAUUAUCUCACAUUGUUAUGAACUGCAGUACACCCCCAACAUUUUAACAUCCCUCUUUUCCCAUCUCUCCCACAGGCUUGUUUGACAUGAAGUUUGCUGGUAAACUCCUUUCAUCUUCAAAUAAUUGGCUCCAUGAAUAUUUUGUUACACACUUUUAACUGUAAUAGACCCUAAAUGCAGACGUCCUGCAGAUUUUGUUAACCUAAACAAAGACUGUUCUCUUUAUUUCUAUUUUUUUACGUGUGACAAUGUAAUCCUCCAAGGGUGCUUUGCGUUUCAGUUCAUGUUUACCUCUACUAAUGUAUGGCAGUUACAGAUGGCGGUCUACACAAUGCAGUGUUACAUUUAGUUAAUAACUGUUCAAGCUCAAUGUUAAAAACACAAACCUGAUGUGUGUAUGUGAGUGUGUAUGUAUGUGUGUAUGUUUGAAUGUUGAAGUGUAUUUUUCUGUUGAACUGUUCCACAGGAACAUGUUGCUCUUUUAUAUUUUACUCUGGCACUGUAGGUAGUGUGUUUAUGUUUGGAAACAUAGCAAGGUUGCAGUAUGUUUACAUGCACACAGCCACUCUUCUGGCUGUGAAUAUUAAAAUUUAGCUUGUUUAAUUAAAAGUUUCUUGUUUUUGUUUUUUUUUAUAGUUCAAAGUAGUGUUAUUUUAAAAAAAUAACCUGAGUUUACAUGGUUUUGAAGUUUCAUGGUAUUUGUAUUGACAAAAGAAUGAUCAGUAUUGUUUUGCCAACUACAUUCGAGUUCAGACAGUAACAAGAAAAGAGUGUGUACCCUCCAGAAAAUACAACAACACUGAUGUACCUCAUAACAAGAUGUACUGUACCUCAUUACAAGAUUCAUUUUGUCUCUGUACCACUGUCUCACUGUCCAAUAAAUGCAGCUCUAUGACUGUCGUAUAUUUUA